AUGAGCACACAAACUUAUGAAGCCGAAACUUUUCGUAAAUUACAACCACAGGAAUACUUGCGUAAAUUUCUACUAAAGGAAGUUAGACCUGAUGGUCGAGAACUAAAACAAUUUCGCCAAACGACAGUUAAUUUAGGUUGUAUUUCAACAACCAAUGGCUCUUCCUUGGUUCGAGUAGGCAAUACAACUGUUGUAUGUGGUAUAAAAGCCGAAGUAUCAAUACCAAGACAAACUUCCAUCAAAGAAGGAUAUUUAGUACCAAAUGUAGAAUUAUCUCCAAUGUGUUCUCCUAAAUUUAAACCUGGUCCACCUAGCGAACAUGCACAAGUGUUAAAUUUGAAUACUCUUUGUAUUCAUGAAGGUGCGGCCGUUUGGGUUUUAUAUGCAGAUAUAGUUUGUGUUAAUUAUGAUGGAAAUGUAUUUGACGCAUGUGUUAUUGGAUUAAUAACUGCAUUAUCUAAUGUAAAACUUCCUAAAGCAACUUUCAUAGAAGAAGAAGGCUUGGUUAAAGCUACAGAAGAACUAUUAAUUCCUCUUAAUCUUUCCAGAUUACCAUAUCCGGCAACUUUUUCAAUAUUUGAUGGAGGUCACAGGCAAUAUUUCUUAGUCGAUCCAACCGAAGUAGAGGAAUCAGUAGCACACGAAGUAAUAACUAUUAUUUGUGAUGAAGCGGGACAAAUUUGUACAGUAUGGAAGGUAGGAGGAAUUUCGUGUACGCCGAAACAUUUAAAAAAAUGUAUUUCUAUUGCUCGAGAAAGAUACGCUGAAAUUGCGGCGAUAGUAGAAAACGAAGAAAAAUCAAAUCAAAUCAAAUAA